CUGCUGGUGAAAUUUGAAGAUGCUGAAGAUGUUCUGGACAAUUUCCAACCAACACCUGUGGUGGCAUGGGCUUCGGCGGAGAGUCUGCCUGAGUCCACCAAUGCUGACCCCACAGUGCUUUCAGUAUGUGUCCCUGCACGUUGGAGACCGGGCUGAGCUCAGCAGGGCCUUCACACACAGGGAUGUGACUGUCUUCUCACAAUUAACUGGGGAUGUCAAUCCUUUGCAUUUAAAUGAAGAUUUUGCAAAACAUACCAAGUUUGGAAAGCCAAUUGUACAUGGCGUUCUGAUCAAUGGACUUAUCUCAGCUCUUCUGGGUACUAAAAUGCCAGGGCCAGGCUGUGUAUUUCUUUCUCAGGAAAUUAACUUCCCAGCCCCGUUAUAUAUUGGAGAAGUUGUUUUAGCUUCUGCAGAAGUGAAAAAGCUGAAGCGGUUUCUUGCUGUUAUUGCAGUGUCAUGUACUGUAAUAGAAAGCAAAAAGACUGUUAUGGAAGGCUGGGUUAAAGUUAUGGUCCCAGAAGCUCCCAGAUCCUAAAGUGUGUGUUCAGAGUUGCAAGUUAAGUACCAGUGCUCUGGUUACUAAAGACAGCUGAGGAAAUGGGCUGCUCCUCCUUACGAGUGGCUGAUAGUCUCCAAAGCCCUAUGGGGAAGAGGAGCAGCAGGCCUAGGGGUGUUCCAGUGCCCACUUUUCAGUGGGCACUGACUUUGUACUUUAUCCAGACUUGAUUUUAUCAAGUCUGUCUAGGUUGUUGAAGUUGAAAAAAUACUGAGGUUAUUUAUCUGAACUUAUCAAAAAGUUCUACUUUUUGAACUUCAAACAUAGAUUUGCAUUAGAUUAUACUACCUACAUCUCUGCAGAAUAAGUUUCUCACAGAAUUUCUAACUGUCAAACAUUUAAUAACUGGAGCGGGGCACUGGUGGCUCAUGUCUGCUGCUCAGGAGCCUGAGAGCUGAGGAUCACUGUUCAAAGCCAGCUCUGGCA